CCCAUUUGCUUCAAUAAUAAUAUCCCAAAUUCUGUGACAAUGACGGACGAGGUGAUUCUGCUGGAUUUUUGGUCCAGCAUGUUUGGGUUGAGGGUCAGGAUUGCGCUAGCUGAGAAGGAUAUCAAGUAUGAGUACAAGGAAGAGGACUUGAUGAAUGACAACAAGAGCCCUCUGCUUUUAGAGAUGAAUCCCAUUCACAAGAAGAUCCCAGUUCUUAUCCACAACGGGAAACCAGUGUGUGAGUCUCUUGUCAUUGUUCAGUACAUAGAUGAGGUCUGGAAUGACAAGUCGCAAUUGUUGCCCUCUGAUCCUUACCAGAGAGCUCAAGCCAGGUUCUGGGCUGAUUUUGUUGAUACAAAGGUUUAUCAAGUAUCAAGGAAGGUAUGGACCACAAAAGGAGAGGAGCUAGAGGCAGCAAAGAAGGAAUUCCUUGAAACCUAUAAGAUGUCGGAGGGGGAACUUGGUGACAAACCUUACUUUGGGGGUGAAAGAUUUGGGUAUGUGGACCUUACUCUUAUCCCCUUCUACACCUGGUUCUAUUCUAUUGAGACCUUAGGGGGUUUCAAAGUUGAGGCACAGUGCUCCAAGAUUGUUGCAUGGGCUAAGAGGUGUAUGCAGAAAGAGACUAUUGCCAAGACCCUUCCUGACCAGAAGAAGGUUUACGAGCUUCUUGGACAGUUUAGGCGAAGGCUUGGUUUAGAGUAGACUAAUGGUUAGUCCCAAAUCUGGAAGUGCUAUCAUAUUAGUGAGGUUUUUUAUGGUUAAUUUUGUUGGUUUCAUGUUGUAAUGUUUAAGUUUGGGUUUGUUUUUCUUUCCAACAAAAAAGUUUGGGUUUGUUUCAUCUUGUAAGUUGUAAGACCUUUUAGUGUGUCUACCGAGUACUAAGUUUUAAA